AUGGCCACACCGGAGAUUGAGACCCGUCUCUUCAUUGAUGGAGAGUUUGUUGACUCGCUGGAUGGUUCCAAAUUCAAGGUUACAAAUCCUUUCACCGGCGAGACCGUAGCAGAAGUGUCCGAGGGCAAAGCAGACGACGUGGACCGAGCAGUUGCGAGUGCGAAAAGGGCUUUUCCAAUGUGGUCGGAGAUGGACGGAUCCGAACGGCGGCGCCUCAUGCUGAGGCUGGCUGACCUUGUCGAUGAGCAUGCGGCGGAGUUUGCGCGCCUGGAGGCUCUUUCGAUGGGGAAGCCUGUAUCAACCUAUAUCGAUCAAGCAAUGGGCACAGCAACACUGAGAUAUUAUGCUGGCAGGGCUCUGGAUAUCCACGGGGCCACCUCCCUGACCUCCAAGGACCAUUUGAAUAUAUCCAUCCGCCAGCCUUAUGGUGUCACUGGGGCGAUCAUUCCCUGGAACGUCCCGGUGAUCAUGAUCUGCUUCAAAGUCGGCCCUGCCCUCAUUGCGGGUAACACGCUGGUGCUCAAAUCCUCUGAGAAGGCUCCGCUGACUUCAAUCCUCUUCGCACGGCUGGCCAAGGAGGCUGGCUUUCCUCCAGGUGUGCUUAAUAUUGUUUCUGGGUUUGGACUGCCGUGUGGGGAUGCCAUCGCUCGACACAUGGAUAUUCGGAAGAUUGCUUUCACAGGCAGCACCAGGACGGGCAAGCUGAUCCAAAAGGCUGCGGUUGAUUCAAAUCUCAAAUCCUGCACACUAGAACUAGGUGGCAAAAGCCCCCUGAUCGUGUUUGAAGACGCCGAUCUGCAAAAGGCAGCAAAGGUAGCGGCCUUCUCUAUCGUGUUCAAUUCGGGCCAGGUCUGCAUGGCUUCGUCACGGGUAUAUGUUCAGAAAAGCGUUGAAGAUGAAUUCACAAAGCUGUAUGCACAGGCUAUUCAGGAGCUUGCAGCUCAGGCGGGCAACCCCCUCGAAGCAACGACUGGGUUCGGUCCCCAGGCAGACCGGCAUCAGUUCAAGAGCAUUACCGACUAUCUACAGAAAGCGCAAAAAGAUGGCCUCAAGCGCCUGUCCAUUGGGGAAUCGACACCACGCGAGGGGGCAAACUUUGUCUCCCCGGUUGUGUUCCAGGAGGUGCCGGAACAUCAUUCUAUUAUGAAGGAUGAGAUAUUUGGUGCUGUUUCUUGUCUCAACGCUUUCAGCAGUGAACAGGAUGUGAUCCGCGCGGCAAACGACUCUGAAUACGGGCUAUAUGCCAGCGUAUUCACCCGGGACAUCAACCGGGCGAUCCGAGUGGCCAAGUACUUCGAGGCAGGCUCGAUUGGCGUCAAUACGUCUUCUCCAUAUUACUGUCAAGACCUGCCUCUUGGUGGGUUCAAGGGAUCUGGCACUGGACGGGAGCUGGGAGACGAAGGCCUACAAGCAUGGACGGAGGUCAAGUCUGUUUAUAUCUCGCUGUCGUAA